AACAAACACUCGACUUCUGGAUGUGCGCGCUCGCCUCGAAGUCAACUGGCUGCCCCAACAAACAACAAGCAACAACAACAACAACAACAAAAGAUCCUCAAGAAACGUCGUUGGAGUCUCGUGUGAGUUCUUCGUUAGACUAAAGAGGCAAAAGACGCGCACACAUUGUUUGCGUUCACGCUUGACAAACACGCAGUCGUCGCGGUGACGCGCGGUCGCUUCACUCUUUGUCACAAAAUGCCGAGCGUCGUGACGUAAUCAACCUCGGGACUGGUCGCGCUUCGGCGUCGCGCUCGUCGCACGUUUUCGAGCCGCGAGGCAGAAUUGCAACAACCUCGCUCGUGUGUUCCAUCGCCGCGCACAGGUUCGAAGACGAUCCUUGAUUGGCGGCUGACGCAAUGACUCAAAGGCAGAUCGUCCAAGUUUUUGAGCAGUAUAAUAAAUCAAGAAUGCAGUUCGUGCAAACGGUGGCUGAUCUGGCGGACCGGCCCCAGAACAUCGAAAUCCUCCAAAGAGCAGGUGUCAUGUCCAUGCUUCGGCCCCUGAUGCUGGAUGUGGUUCCCGGCAUCCAGCAGAAAGCGGCCUUGGCCCUGGGCCGCCUGGCGGUCCACAACGCCGACCUGGCCGACAAUCUGGUGAAGGAGGACAUCCUGCCCCAGCUCAUCCGCUCUCUCACCAUCCAGAAUAGAUUGUACAAGAAAGCGGCGGCGUUCGUGCUGCGUGCGGUGUCCAAGCACUCGCCUGAGCUGGCUCAGGCGGUGGUAGCCAGCGGCGGUGUGGACGCGCUCAUUCUCUGCCUGGAGGACUUUGACCCCGGCGUGAAGGAAGCCGCCGCCUUGGCUCUGGGCUUCAUUGCGCGACAUAAUGACGCCUUGUCCCAGUCCAUUGUGGAUGCAGGCGCAGUCCCCAUGCUGGUGUUGUGCCUCCUGGAGCCCGAGAUUGCCCUCAAACGCACCGCGGCCUCGGUGCUCAGCGACAUCGCCAAACACACGCCGGAAUUGGCCCAAAUUGUUGUGGAAGCCGGCGCCAUUGCACACUUGGCACAGAUGAUCCUCAACCCGGACACCAAACUCAGGAGGCAGGUAUUCUCUGCUCUCGGUCAGAUUAGCAAACACUCGGUGUGCCUGGCGGAGAUGGUGAUCGAGGCCGACGUCUUCCCGGCGGCCAUGAUGUGCCUCAGGGAUCCGGACGAGUGCGUGAAAAAUAAUGUCACCGUUCUGAUGAGAGAGGUGGUCAAACAUACUCCCGAGCUGUCCCAGGUCAUCGUGAACUGCGGCGGCACAUCAGAAGUGAUCACCUAUCUCGGCGAGUGCCGUGGAAGUCUAAGGUUGCCCGGGAUCAUGAUGUUGGGAUACGUGGCAGCCCACAGCGAGAACUUGGCCAUGGCUGUCAUUCUCUCCCAAGGCUUGCUCCAGCUGGCUCUGUGUCUCUCGGAGGAGACGCAACAUCACAUCAAGGCCGUCACAGCCUGGUGCAUAGGCCAGAUAGGACAUCACACGCCGGUGCACGCCAAGGCUGUCGCCACCGCCAACCUGCUGCCCAAGUUGCUGCAACUUUAUAUGGAUGCCAACAGCUCAGAGGACCUGCAGAACAAAAGUAAGAAGGCUCUGAAGAUGAUCCUACAGAAGUGUACCUUCCUGCCGGCGCUGGAGUCUCUCCUCUACGACGCGCCGAGCAACAUCAUCAAACAUGUCGUCUGCCAGUUCAGCAAGGUGUUACCUCACGACAGUCAGGCUCGCCGUCAGUUCGUGACCAGUGGAGGGUUAAAGAAAGUGCAAGAGAUCCAGGCGGAGCCGGGCUCUGUCCUGCAGGAACACAUUAAUUCCAUCAACAGCUGCUUCCCAGAGGAGAUAGUCAGGUACUACUCUCCGGGCUACUCAGAGGUGUUGUUGGAGCGCUUAGAGAACUUUAAACUCUCCUGAGACCAGUCGGCAUGCCCGUGCAACGUUACUGCGAAAGCACAGUGCUUCAAAUAGGCUUCAAAUGGUCAAUAUAUCACCGGAUGUAUGAUGAUUAACAAUGUCGACUGUCAUAAAAAUGUAAUAGA